UUGCAGAGUUGAUUGAAAAAAAAACGAGAAGAGCGAAGAAUUGAGUGAAGUUGAGGAGAAAAAUCAUGCUGAAACUGGAGAAAAACCAUUGAGUUGCUCUCAAACCAAACAGAAAGAUUUGAAGAAGAGAAGAGUCAUGAAAUCUUUCACCUGCACUCAGUGUGGAAAGAGAUUUACAAGCAAAUAUAAAUGUGCUGUUCACAUGAGAGUUCACACUGGAGAGAAACUCUUCACAUGUGAUCAAUGUGGGAAGAGCUUCACUCAGUCAUCAACUCUUAAGGAUCAUAUGAACAUCCACACUGGAGAGAAACCGUACACGUGUUCACACUGGGACAGGAGAUUCAGUCAGUCAGGAAUCCUGAAAACACACGAGAGGAUCCACACCGGAGAGAAACCACACACAUGUGAUCAGUGUGGGAAGAGUUUCAAACAAAAAGAGCACCUUAAAGGGCACAUGAGGAUUCACACCAGAGAGAAACCGUACACAUGUGAUCACUGUGGGAAGAGCUUUGGACACGCUGCUAAUCUUAAGGAUCACAUGAACAUCCACACGAGAGAGAAGCUGUACUCAUGUGAUCAAUGUGACAAAACAUUUCUGAGGGCAUCACACGUAAAGAAUCACCUGAGAGUUCAUUCAAAGGAGAUACCAUAUUCAUGUCAUUUGUGUGGACAGAGUUUUUCACGUCUACAUUAUUUUAAAGUACAUCAGAAGACACACGCUGCUGUGAGAGAAGAGUACAUGUGCUUCGACUGUGAGAAGACUUUUACUUCAGCUGAACAUCUGAAACGACACCAGAGGAUCCACGCUGGAGAGAAACCGUACACGUGUUCACACUGUGACAAGAGAUUCACUCGGUCAGGGACUCUGAAAACACACGAGAGGAUCCACACCGGAGAGAAACCGUAUCACUGCACUGCAUGUGGGAAGUGUUUCAAUCGUUCAUCUGCUCUACACAGACAUACAAAGAGCAAUCACCACCAAAUAUUUUCAUACUCUUGAAGAUUUCUUUAGGUCUUGUCUCAGACCCAAUCUCUCUGGUCUCAGCCUUGACUCAGACUCAAAAGAGCUGGUCUCGACUACAACACUGCUGCGUCCUCACCAAAUGAGACACAAUAAUGCAUCAAGCAGUAAAACAUCAUCUGGAGAAUUCUGUCCUAACCAGACAUUACAAGAGACAUGACAAAGAAACAUUAUCUGAAGUUUCACAGUGAAUAAAGUUAA